CUGAGGGGAGGAAAAAAGCACUCUGCUCCGGCUCCUGCUCCUGCUCCACCGUAAUUUCCUAUCUGCCUAUUCAGACAUCACCAACAGCUCAGCGCGCGCGUGUGUGACUGUGUGUCUAUGCCAGAGCAGAGCAGAGCAGAGAGGGAGAGGGAGAGGCAGAGAGGGAGCCAGAGCGAGAGAGAGCGAGGGAGAGAGAGAGAGAGAGCAAGAGCGAGCGAGCAAGCAAGGGGGAGGCACUCUAUUCUUUCACCUACCCCCUAUCAAACCACAAGAGGGAGGGGCCAAGCACAGGGCUGCCAAUCAAAUCCACUGGUGGCAGCCGGCAUUAUCUUUGCUACAAACUAUUGACAGAUUACAUGUCAAGGAGUUUAGUACAUGAUUGAAGGAAGGUUUUUUAUUAUUUUUUCCACCCCAAAGUGUUGUGUAGUGUAGUCAGCUUACUUGUGGUUUCACCCGAACCUGCCUACUUCUGAUGAUUUUCAAACAGAGGCGAGAAAUAUUAUGAAAGUUACAUGCCUGAGAGGAUUUAACUUCGACUUCCCUGAAUAUGCUGAAAGGACUUUAUGCACUGAAAAGACCUCAGGAAACCCCCCCAACAUGGCCGCCAAAAGGAAAGGUGGCCUGAAGCUCAACGCGAUUUGUGCCAAGCUGAGUCGGCAGGUGGUGACGGGCGACGACUCCCAGAACGCCGGCGAUGGCGACGGCACCGGCAGCGGUGCCCUCACGGCCACCACGGACAACAGCGAGCGCGGCAGCAGCUCGCACUAUGAUGACGGCGAGCGGCCCGACGCCGACAUCCUGAUGCCCGAGGGCAUGAGCCUCAGCCAGAGCCUGGAGGAGGACCAGCGGCGCCGCGAGGCCAUCGAGAAGUGGGUCAAUGGCGAAUACGCAGACGAGUCCUCUCUGGACGGUGGAGGCGGUGCCGGUGGAGGAGGUGGAGGCCCCGGGUCUGUGUCCGGCAGCCUGGGGCCCGGCGAGGGGCCACGAGGGAUGAGGGCCAAUAACGGCAGUGAAGAGAGGCCUCCCGAGGGGGUCUACAUGGUGCAGCCCAAAGGGUGCAGCGACGACGAGGAUGAGAAUGGCGACGAGCCCGACACCAUGCCUGGGUCACAUGACGGCAGUUACCACGACGACCAUGACUCUGAUGACGGCGGCCAUAAGGAUGACAGUUAUGCCUCCCCGAGCGAGGCGGUCAGCCGCCCACCACCCUUCGGCGCCCCAGGGGAGGCGUCUGCCCUGCGCGACUAUGCAGCCAACACCAUGAACGAGUUCCUGCACAUGUUCGGCUACGACGACCAGCAGGUGCGCGACGAGCUGGCCAAGAAGAUCAGCUUCGACAAGCUGAAAGCUGCUACCUCAGGCUCAGAAGGUGCCGUCUUACCCCCUUCCUCCGCGUCCUCGUCCUCCUCCGCCGCCACCAUGAGCAGCGAGGAGGCCACGCGCCGCGCCCGCUUCUCCAAGUACGAGGAGUACAUCCGCAAGCUGAAAGCCGGCGAGACCCUCCCCUGGCCCACCGCCUCGCACUCCCCCAACAAGCCCGUCUGCGGCAGCGCGGCGGACGAGCUCGUCAACAAGCUGACCCAGGAGAAGACCACCUCCGUCACGGCCGCCGCCGCCGCGCUCCUGGCCCCCAACUCGGGCUGUCUCCAGGCGGCCGCCGAGGCCCACAUGUUCCCCGGCGGCGUGGUGGUGGACCCCAAGCAGAGCCCUCUGGCCGCGGCCGUGGCUGCCGGGCAGCAGCAUCAACAUCAACAGCACCAACAGCAGCAUCACCACCAUCAGCACCAGCAGCAUCAGCAUCCGCAUCAGCAGCAAGCUGCCGGCGCCAGCCACAUCCAGAGCCUGGCCUCCAGGGCCUCCAAGUACGACUUCUUCAUCCAGAAGCUGAAGAUGGGCGAGAGCCUGCAGCAGCAGAACGGCGGGGGCGGUAGCGGGGGCGGUGCCGGCGCCUCGUCGGGCUACAAGCGGCCGUCCAAGUACGACCUGGAGAACGUCAAGUUCCUGCACCUCUUCAAGCCCGGCGAGGGCAACCCGGACAUGGGCGGCGCCAUCGCCUUCAAGACGGGCAAGGUGGGCCGGCCGUCCAAGUACGACAUCCGCAACAUCCCCAAGCUCAUCCCGGGCAAGGAGGGCCCCGGCCCGCUCAUGCCCGGAGUGCUAUCGGCCGCCACCCAGGGCGGCACCAACCCCGGGGCCAACCCGCUGGUGGGGCCUGUGGCAGCUGCCACCGCCGCCGCUGCUGUCGGGGGCGUAAGCGGAGGAGGAGGAGUGGGGGCCGGAGGAGUGGGACCCGGCAGUCUACCCGGAGCGGCAGACCAGACAGCGGCCCACCUGGGCUUCAACACGGCAGACUACCUGAAGGCCAGCUUCUCCAAGACCGACUCCAUCACCACUGGAACCAUGUCCUCCGUCAAGAAUGGUCUGCCACCUGAGAAGCAGCAGCCUGUCACGGACGACGUCAAUGUAUACCAGAAAUACAUCGCCAGAAGCUGGGAAACUCAACAGAAGCUCCCACUCCCACUCCCCGACUCUAUCCCACCAGCAGCCUUUAAAAGGUUCUCAGGGAGCCAGCACUGUGGGCAUGUGCACUGCGCCUACCAGUACAGGGACCACUACCACUGCAUGGACCCCGAGUGCAACUACGUGAGAUUCACCAGUAAGCAGGACGUGAUCAGGCACUACAACAUGCAUAAGAAGCGUGACAACUCGCUGCAGCACGGCUUCAUGCGCUUCAGCCCCCUCGACGACUGCAGUGUCUACUACCACGGCUGCCACCUCAACGGCAAGAGUACCCACUACCACUGCAUGCAGGUGGGCUGCAACAAGGUCUACACCAGCACCUCUGACGUCAUGACCCACGAGAACUUCCACAAGAAGAACGCACAGCUCAUCAAUGAUGGCUUCCAGCGCUUCCGCGCCACCGAGGACUGUGGAACAGUCUCUUGCCAGUUCUACGGCCAGAAGACCACUCAUUUCCACUGCAGGCGCUCGGGCUGCACCUUCACCUUCAAGAACAAGUGCGACAUCGAGAAGCACAAGAGCUACCACAUCAAGGACGAUGCCUAUGCCAAGGACGGCUUCAAGAAGUUCUACAAGUACGAGGAGUGCAAGUACGAGGGCUGCGUCUACAGCAAGGCCACCAACCACUUCCACUGCAUCCGCUCCGGCUGCGGCUUCACCUUCACCUCCACCAGCCAGAUGACCUCGCACAAGCGCAAGCACGAGCGCCGCCACAUCCGCUCCGGAGGGGGCAUGCUGGGCCUGGCCGGCCACGGCGGCAUCCUCCCCGCCGGCUGCGGAGCCUCCUCCUUCCUGCUGCCCAAGGAGGAGCACGACGACUCCAGCAACGACGACCUCAUGGACUUCUCGGCCCUCAGCAGCAAGAACUCCAGCCUGAGCGCCUCGCCCACGGCCCAGCAGCAGCAGCAGUCGGCCCUGGGUGUCAGCAUCGGAGGUCACCUGAUGCCGCCGUCUACCAGCGGGAGUUCGUCGGCCGCCACAGCUGGUGGGAUCAGCAUGGGUGCUGGAGGUCUGAACGUCGGGGGUCUGGCCGUCAAGCCUACUGCGUCCCUGCCGCCCGCCAGCCGGAUGUCCAGCCUCCUGUCCCAGGCUCUUCCCAGCAACCUGCCGGUGGCGCUGUCCAACUCCGCCCUGGCUGGGGCCAAUCCCUUCUUCCCGCUCAUGCCGCGCCUGCCCCUCCAGAUCCCGCCCUCGGCCGCCCAGGGGCUCAUCGCAGCCGCCGUGGCCAGCUCCGGGGGUCACGCUCUGGUGAGCGACUCCUUGGCGCAGUCUUGCGCGGCCUCGGCUAUGGAUGGCGGCGCUGGGGCGUCCACACCCACGUCUUCCUACGCCACCGCCUCCUCCAUCAUGGAGAAGAUCUCGGCCAGCAAGGGCCUCAUCUCUCCCAUGAUGGCCCGCCUGGCAGCUGCAGCCCUCAAGCCCGCAGGAGCAAACAUGGACACAGGUAAUGGCUUGCCGUCCUCCAUGGGCCAGUAUAACCUGGUGCAGGUGAAGCAGGAGCCGCUGGAUGGGCCCUCAGGGGGCUCCUCUGGGGACUCAGUGCAGGAGCACAGCCUGGACCUCAGCAAGAAGGAACACAGUAAUGAAUCAAACGGACACCCCGCACCGGCAAAUACAUCUCUUUUAUCCUCACUUAUGAAUAAGAUGUCGCAGGUCAACCCGGGCUUCUUCAGCGCCCUGAACCUGAAGACAGAGCUGGAGAACAGCCAGCACACCACGGACACCUCGGAGGCGGCCCAGUACCUGAGCCGCGUCAUGGGCAGGCCCCUGCCUGAGAAGACCGUGGAGCUCUGGAAGAACUACCUGCGCAGGUUUGACAUUGAUGAUUUCUGUGAGGCCCAGUGUGACUUCCUACACAAAGUCCACUUCCACUGCCUGGUGGAGGACUGUGGAGCCCUCUUCAGCACAGUGGACGGAGCCCACAAGCAUGCUAACUUCCACUUCAGAGCCAACCUCAAGGUGAAGUCCGAGUCCCCUUACAGCGACGGCAAGGAGCCCAGCGAGGGUCGCCAGAGCCAGCUGGCCACCUCCAUGUCCAUGUCCAUGUCCAUGGCCAACACGCCGCCCAUGGACGUCCCCAGCCUGGCCACCUCGGGCGGGUACAGUGCGGCCGCCGCGCCCUCCCUGCUGGCCUGGAAGCACCUGGCGGGCUCCAUCCCGCAGCUGCCCGCCUCCAUGCCCAACCUGGCCGCCUCCUCCCCACUGGCCACCACCUCGCUGGAGAACGCCAAGCCACAGGUCAAGCCUGGCUUCCUGCAGUUCCAGGACAAUGACCCCUGCCUCGCUACGGACUGCAAGUACUCCAACAAGUUCCACUUCCACUGUCUGUUCGGGAACUGCAAGUACGUGUGCAAGACGUCCGGCAAGGCCGAGUCCCACUGCUUGGACCACAUCAACCCCAACAACAACCUGGUGAACGUGCGAGACCAGUUCUCCUACUACUCCCUGCAGUGUCUCUGCCCCAACCAGCACUGUGAGUUCCGCAUGCGGGGCCACUACCACUGCUUGCGUCCGGGCUGCUACUUCGUCACCAACAUCACCACCAAGCUGCCGUGGCACGUCAAGAAGCAUGAGAAGGCAGAGAGGCGUGCCGCCAACGGCUUCAAGUACUUCACCAAGAGAGAGGAGUGCGGCCGGCUAGGUUGCAAGUAUAACCAGGUGAAUAGCCAUUUCCACUGCAUCCGUGAGGGCUGCCAGUUCUCCUUCCUGCUCAAGCACCAGAUGACCUCACACGCCCGCAAGCACAUGAGAAGGAUGCUGGGCAAGAACUUUGACCGCGUGCCAUCCCAGAUGAUGCCUCUGGGGCAGCGUCCAGAGGAGAUGCAGCAGAUGGCCAGCCUGGCCGGUGCCCUGGGUGGGGGUCAGCAGGGCCUGACCUCCGGCUUCUCCAGCAUGAUGGAUGACGGGGAUGACUACGGUGACUACAUGGGUGGCGGCAGCCCCCUGGGCCUCUCCUCCGAGUCCUCCAACCAGGACCGCAGCUGCACCAGCACCCCCGUGGGCAACGAGAGCUCUCCCGCAGGACCAGGCUGCCAGGCCAGUGCUCCUUCAUCCUCUACUGGCCCAGCCGACACCCCCUCCCGCACCUCCCCAAACAUCCCCCAGCCACCUCCUCCUCCACCUCCACCUCCUCCUCUGUCCAUCGCUCCCACCCUCCACGCGCCACCUCCACCCCCGCUGCAGGCGGCCUCCUCGCUGGCCUCUUCCCAGGCCUCGAUGGCCCUGCAGUCCCCGGCGCUCUCCUCCUUCCCCCCGGCCCUGCUGCGGCCGCCCAUGCCCUCCCUGCCAUACCUCCUGUCUCCAUCCUGUCUGUCCUACUCUCUGCUCAGCGCCUCUCUCGGAGCCACUCGGAGCGUUGUCAUGCCAACCAACACACCAGCUUUCAGCCCCAUCAUUGCCACUCCGUCUCCUGUUAAAAACGACGUCCCUAUAGUGCAGGACGCCGCAGGCAACACCAUCUCCAUCCCCACGGCGACGGGGGCCAAGAAGCGCUUCUGGAUCAUCGAGGACAUGUCGCCCUUCGGCAAGCGCCGCAAAACGGCCUCCUCGCGCAAGAUGCUGGACGAGGGCAUGAUGCUGGAGGGCUUCCGGCGCUACGACCUCUACGAGGACUGCAAGGACGCGGGCUGCCAGUUCUCCCUCAAGGUCACGCACUACCACUGCACGCGCGAGAACUGCGGCUACAAGUUCUGCGGCCGCACGCACAUGUACAAGCACGCGCAGCACCACGACCGCGUGGACAACCUGGUGCUGGACGACUUCAAGCGCUUCAAGUCCUCGCUCAGCUGCCACUUCCCCGACUGCCAGUUCUCCGGCAACAGCACGCACUUCCACUGCCUGCGCUGCGGCUUCCGCUGCACAGACAGCACCAAGGUGACGGCCCACCGCAAGCACCAUGGCAAGCAGGACGUGAUCAGCGCCGCCGGCUUCUGCCAGUUCAGCUCCAGCGCCGACUGCGAGGUGGCCGACUGCAAGUACAAGCUCAAGUGCUCGCACUUCCACUGCACCUACCCCGAGUGCAAGCAUACCGUGGUGGGCAUGUCCCAGAUGGACUCCCACAAGCGCAAGCACGAGAAGCAGGAGAGGGGCGAGCUGCCCGCCGCCUCCCCCAGCCGAGAGGGCAACCACCAGGCCGCAGGAGCGGGAGGAGUGGGCGCCCUGGUUGGAGGACCAGGAGGAAUGGGACCCCUGGCGGUGGCUUCAGUGCCGGUCAGUAUGCACUCCAUGUCUUCGGGAGUGCAGCAUGGCCUGGCUCACGGUGGCCACGGAAUGGGAGGGAUCCACGGAGGUGGUCCCAUGUACCUCCCGUCGCCAGUGGAUCGUGCUGCUGAGUAUGAGCCCCACCACCACCAUCACUCCACUCCACACCACUCCACUCCACAGCAUCCCGGCUCCGGCAUCAACCUCGACAGCUCCCUCAACCUGGGCACCGACAGCAGCAGCUCGCUCUUCUUCCUGAAGAACGCCGCCGGCCUGGGUCUCAACGACUCGCUGGACCUCAGCAAGAAGUUGGGGGGCCACCACCAGGAGAGCCUGGGCAUGGGAGGCCCAGGAGCCGGCAUGGGGGCAGCAGCAGCAGUGGCAGCAGCCAGUGGCAGCAAUGGCGGUGCUCCUUCUGGAGGAGAAUCAGGGCCUAUGGGGCUGAACGCUAGCACACGGGGCCAAGACGAUACCACCGGCACCUCCGGAGAGAACGAGGACUACAUGUCUGCCGAGGAAGAGCCCAACGCCGAAGAAGAGGAGGAGGAGGAAGAGGAGGAGGAUAUGGAGCCGGAAGACGACCUCAACACCGACUCGUACGAAGACUCCAUGCCCGAGCCUGACGGCGAGAAGGACAACGGCAACGAGAGCUUUGAGGCUCCGACCAAUCACGCCGCAGAGAGCCCGCAGCAGGACAAGGACGAGGGCGAGCCGUGAGGCGAGCGACGGUGACAUCGUACUGUAUCGUAAUCGCAUCACAUCGUACCCUAACGCUGGCUCUGUGAAGCUGUCUACACAAACUAACUAUGAACAAACAAGAACCCUGAAUGAUUGUGGCCCUCAUUCAUCAUGGUUAGCAGCAUCGCUGAUGACAAGAAAACAACUACAUAGAGAAAAAAAAAACGUGAAGGCCCAAAAAUGAUUUAUUAUGAUGUUUACAAGAUGACCAAUAUUCAUUAAUUUAAUUAUGCAUUAAGAAACGAACACAGAGAGAGCGAGAGAGAGAGAGAGAGAGACAGAGGAGGCCCUCUUUUACACAUGGCUGGCAGUGUAUACCCUUUCCUAUACAUCAGUCGUUUUGUGUGCGUGCAUGUUUGACUAAUUUAUUUCUUUUAUUUGUUUUUUGUUUUUUUUUUUACUUUUUUGUGUGUGGACAAAAACAUGAGGAAAAAAACUAACAAAAACAAAAUCUAUCUAUCUAUAUAUAUCUAUAUACUGUAGUUGUGUGUGGACAUUGAUAUACAAUUUUUUCGUGGCGCAGUGAUAACACGAACUGCAGGACCCUUACACCUGAUAAAAAAGGGAAAUAACUUGUACAAAAACACAAUACUGUACACUGACGGGAAAAUGAAUUUAAGCGAAUGUGCUCAAAAUAAUUGAUUUCAACUAUUGUUAUUGUUAUUCUAUGAUGACUUAUUUAUCAGUGAAGUUGCAGGGGCCUGCAUGUGCGCUUUUGUUGGCUCGUACAUCUCUCUCCAUUGACUCUGAUCUUGGCAGGGUGACAAAUAGCGUUAGUGUCUCAGUUUGUUUGUUUGUUGACUGGUCCUUCCACACACACACACAAACACACACACACACACACACACACACACAUACACACACAACUCACACACACUCAUAGUGGUCAGUUGUGAUAUUGUAGGUUUCAUUCCAUGUGGACAGCUGACUCCCUGCGCCGCUCAGUCCAAACAGCAGUGACCAGUAACUUAAGUCAGGGAACUCAAAACCAGACACACUGUAUGCAGCUCAUCCAGCACAUUCUGUUAUGAUUGUACAACACAAAAAAGAAACUCAAAAAGCUCAUUUUCAUUCAUUCACAUUCAAUUUUUUUGGGUGUUCCAGUUUUUGUUUGUGUGUUUGCGUGUUUGUUUGUUUCACUUUUGUGUGUUUUUUAAAGACAUUUUUUUCCGUGUCGAGGACCCUGUUGGCAUUGCAUAUGGUUAGUGCACUUUUUGUAGAUGAGAAAAAGCUAAAACAAAACACAUGUUCGGUGAAUUGUUUUGUUACCAUUCGCAUUAUUUUGCUUUUAUUAUUAUUUAAUUCAUUUUUUUUUGCGGCAUUUUCCAGUUGCACAUGCAUGACCAGUUGAUGCUGCAGUUUUACCUUGCUAAUUGAUUUGAUGUGUGUGAUGAAACGGUUGUAAGCUAGCAGGAAUUUAAGAGACAGACACCGAGAGACACAGAGACAGAAUAAGUUGGUGCUACCUGCCCAGUCAUUUAGUCACUAUGAAUAGCUUGGGGUGGUUACUGGACCUCACAUGAGCUCCAGGACUUAGCUGGACUCAAGUAGCCAUCCGCAUGUAGGGCCUGAGAGGUCCGCAUGUUAAAAAGGGGGAAAUGAGGGGAAAAGGGAGAAACGAAAAAAGAAGGGUGUGAAAUGUAGCAGGUAUUCUUUUCUUGUUUCCUUUUUUUUAAGAAAAAAAAAGAGAUUUUGUUGCACGAGAGGAGGACGAAAAACAAAAUGAAACAAAAAUCGGAGGACGCGAGCAGAGGCUCGAUCUAGAAGCUUCCAUUUUUCAGAAGCCUCGUGUGAUUACAUGUGCGUGGUGGAGGCUUGGCCACAGGACUAUAUUUGUGCGGCCCCGACUGACUAACUUGUGGAGAGACAGCCGCUUGCUCCCAAGAACCACGCUGAUGGACACGCUACCAGGGGGGCUGGGGAUGAGGAACGUGUUUGAAAUGUACAGACAGAAAACAAAUGUGUUGACAUUUUUUGUUGUUUUUUUCUCCUUACCAUGGCUGUGGUUGAGCUCCAAUUAUAAUGGUUUUAUUUAAUAUUUAUGUGACCUUGCAAUGGUUAAAAAACAAUUAGGGUGUUUUUUGCACUUUUUAGGUUCAUUUUUACUUUAUGAAAAAAAUAUGGCAUAUAUCUUUUAACAGGGAACUUUUUUUGCUUUACAAUGUUGUUUUAGCUCACUUUGCGUUGAUGCACAAAUAGUUGUUAUAGUGUGACGAAGAACUCUGUUCUGUGUUUUAUUUAAAGAAACAAACAAAAAAACAAGGACUGAUUUUAUUUGCUUCCGUGAUUGGAUGAAUUCAAUAUGGAAAAAGGCAUGCCGGGUCCUAGAUGCCCUAACGAGCUACACUAAUGAGACCUGUGAUUGAAAUGAAUUCUAGACAGAGGAAAUGAUUACAGUGCUCAGAUAGAACCAAAUUACCACAAAAUAUUUGUAGCCCUGCCUCAGUUUGAAACAAACGACUGUACAAGAUGAAGAUGGGGGAAAAGGAGAGGAAAAUAAAUUAAAAUGGUGGCAAGGAAAUUAUGAUUAAUUAUUUCUUAAACAUGGCUUUGAAGAAACAAAAAACUAUGAGAAUAGAGCUAAUUAAAUGUGUAGAUGAUUAUCUCCAAGAUACUGUUUCAAGAGGGGGAAAAGGGUUGUAUAGUAUUUUCUUCUGUAAAAACUAUAUAUGAACAAAAAAAAUGCUCUUUGAUGAGAAGCUUCCUUUAAAAAUAAAACAAUAAAAAGGAGAAAUAAAGAAUAAAAAGUCAAAAAUAGAAGAAAAAAAAACUAUGAGAAUAGUUUGCUUGUGUGUGUGAACUCUUUUUGUACAAAUACUCCCAAAAACAGAAGAGCCCUUUGCCCAAUGGCACUGACAGAGUAAGAAGAAUCCAGUCAUCCUCCACUGUUUUUCCAUCAUUUCCACAUUCUAAUGUCACACACAGCAAAGUGAUACCAAGUCACUAGUGGAUGUAUCUGAUUGCUUUAACACCAUCAUUUAUUUGGUUUUAUUUGUCAUUUGUUUUGUGUGUGUUAUUUUUUCAAUUUUAUUUAAUUGGAUUAUUUGUUGACAUUUCUCUCUGGCAUGAAUCCUUUCAAGGUGUUUUAUUUUUUUCGCUCUGUGCUUGAGUGCAAGACAGGGCUUUUUCUGUUGUUUGUUUCCUUUUUUCAGAUUCAAACAAAAAAAAGAAACCUGUUGAAAUGGCUAUUUGGCUGGGAGAUCCGUUGUGCACUUGAAUACAAUUUAUGUGUGUAAAAUAGCAGGAUUUGUAAAAAGUUAAAAAAUAAAAUCUAAUUAUUAUAACAA